AUGUUACACCAUCACCCAUCCCGCGCCGGCGCCGAAGACUUUAUGAGCCUCAGCUUCCUGGUCAACGCGCCACCUUUUGCGUGCAUCGAGAUGGUCAACGUCAUUAGGAGAACGCCCUCGCGCUGGAGCCACAUGGGCACGACUGGUGCUGCAACGUCAUUCCCGUCAGCAUCCGGAUGA